AUGGGCGACGAUAAGUUUGAAUACCAAUCCCUCCCCAUUCCCUCUUACGAGGAGGCCACCGCCCAACCAUCCUCCUCGCGAUCCGACCUCGGCGAAGGCAACGAUGCCGAACGAGAAGGCCUCCUCAAUCGCGAUGGCAACCGCUCCCAUUACCAACCCCCAACCGUCGAAUCCGUACGCAACAGUCUCGAUGAUCUCGCCUCCUCCAUUUCGGGCUCGGCCCGGGGCUCGCUGGAUGAACUGCGGAGGGAACUCGAUCAGAUGGAAGUCGAUGACUCGGCGCAGGGCAACUCUACAGGCUCGCGCUCUCAUCUUCGCCAUCGUUUCUCCAAGCGUCUCUCCAGUCUAACGCGAACGCUGUCCGCCAUCCAGCGACCCCUUCAACGAUACCUCCCAAGCCUGCCAAGCUUCCGCCGCCCAACCAUCGAUCUCAGCAAUGCACGAGAACGUUUGCGCGACCAGGGAUGCAUCAUGGUUCUACGGCUAUUCGCCCUGCUGCUGGUCGUCACGCUGGUCUACGUCUUCUUCAUCGGCGACAUCUUUAACCUCAACAGCCGCAUGGUCAUGGGCCAGUCGUACAGCGCAUCAUCUGUCGAGAACUUUAUUCAGGGACAUAUCAACGAGACCAACAUUGCCGAGAAUCUCCGACGGGUGACCGGGUUUGCUCACAUUGCCGGAACCAAGGGCAGCUUCGUCCUGUCAGAGUGGAUCGAGCAAGAGAUGCGCAGUGCCGGGUUCGAUCAGAUUCAACGGGAGGAGUUCCAAGUUUAUCUGAACUACCCGCGUGACGAUGGCCGCAAGGUGGCUAUCCUUGAUCCACCGCAACUGGCGUGGGAGGCGACUCUGGAAGAGAAUGAUUCGCGAACUCCAGUGUUUCAUGGCCACUCCAAGUCUGGAAAUGUUACUGGCCCCCUUGUAUAUGCCAAUUUUGGUGCCCGUGAAGACUUCCAACUGCUCGCCGACCGAGGCAUUUCUCUCAAUGGCUCCAUCGCGCUUGUUCGCUACUAUGGAACCGAAUCCGACCGCGCCCUGAAAAUCAAGGCCGCCGAGCUCGCUGGAGCGGCAGGCUGUAUAAUCUACUCCGAUCCAGCCCAGGACGGGUUUGUCAAUGGCCCGGCUUACCCGAAGGGACGCUACAUGCCGAUGGACGGAGUCCAACGCGGUGGCGUCAGCCUAAUGUCUCAGGUUGUCGGUGAUGUCCUCAGUCCCGGCUUUGCAUCGACCCCGGGAAAGAAGGACAGAGUGGCUCCAGAAGACAGCCCUGCGUUAGUGAAGAUUCCAAGUCUGCCCAUCUCCUGGCGCGAUGCACAGCGACUUCUUCAGUCCCUGGAAGGUCAUGGCUCGAAAGUCCCGAAAGAAUGGGUUGGCGGGGUACCUAAGAUUCAAGGGUGGUGGACCGGUGACCAGGGCUCACCGAUCGUUCAUCUGAUGAAUCUUCAGGAUGAGGAAGAACGUCAGCCUAUUUACAACGUUCUUGGCACAAUACUCGGAUUGGAGGAGCGCGAGAAAAAGAUUAUCGUCGGCAAUCACCGAGACUCGUGGUGCCUAGGAAGUGUCGACCCAGGUAGUGGUACUGCAGUGUUCAUGGAGCUUAUUCGCGCCUUUGGUGAACUGCUUAACUACGGCUGGCGGCCACUGCGAACCAUCGAGUUUGUCAGCUGGGAUGGUGAAGAAUAUAACCUCAUCGGUUCGACCGAGCAUGUGGAAAAUCAAGUUGAGGAGCUUCGCAGCAAUGCCUAUGCCUAUCUCAACGUUGAUGUGGGCGUGUCGGGCUCAAAUUUCCGUGUCGCAGGCUCGCCCGUCUUCGAGCACACCGUGCUGUCAAUCUUGAACCGUCUCUCCGAUCCCUUUGCCAACAAGACACUGAAGGACAUCUGGGAUGAGAAAGGCCAGAGAAUUGAUCCUCUUGGUGCCGGCAGCGAUUAUGUCGCUUUCCAAGAUAUUGCAGGCACGUCGAGCAUUGAUUUUGGAUUCGAGGGUCAACCUUACCCCUACCACAGCUGCUACGAAUCCUACGACUGGAUGGAAAAGUUUGGCGAUCCUGGGUUUGAGUAUCACAAACUUCUCGCUCAGUUCUGGGGGCUGCUUCUGCUCGACCUCUCAGAAAACCCCAUGCUACCCUUCGACAUGGAGGCUUAUGCCCGGUAUGUCACUGGUUGGGUCAACGACUUGGAUACGUUUGCCAAGUCCAAGAAGGCGGGCGUCGAUACGAAGAAAAUGCACGCUGCUGCAGAGGAGCUGGAGACCAAUGCUGCCAAAUUCCAAGAAUGGACCCAGGUAUGGCACGACAGUGUCUGGGGUUCAGGCGGUUAUGAGAGCAAUGUCAUGGCAAUCCAGCGAGUCAACCACAAUAUGCGGAUGGCUAGCUUUGACACUCAUUUAUUGGAUCUAGAUGAGGGCGGUGGCAUUCCUAAUCGCACUCAAUUCCGCCAUGUCAUCUUUGGCCCUGAGCUGUGGGCUGGCUACGAUGCUUCGAUUUUCCCCGCCAUUCGGGAUAGCAUUCAUACAGGUAAUUGGUCGCUCGCCCAAUAUUGGAUCGACCGGGUUGCAGACACCAUCCAUUUUGCCAGCAGCAAACUUCUGUAUUAA